CGACCCGACCACCAGUUAGUGACUCGAACGCCACGACGCCGGACGCCCGACGCUGAGGAAGUGACGGUACGUACGGAGCAGUGUCAUUAACGAACCGGUGGUACCAACGUGUGAACUACCUUACUUACGGUUAUUUUCAUAACGGCAGUUUUGCCAUCUACAUAGUUCAACAGAUUACGUCUCGAAAUUCAAUUUCGUGUUGGUGGUUUUUCACCUGGAAAUUCUUGAUAAUGCAUUUGUUCUCCACGAUUAGGUGACGAUCCUAGGACCUCGUUUAAUAGUACGAGAUAUUCGGUAUAAUCUUCAGUAAGAGUGUUUUAUUGAAAUGUUUGAUUGAAAACAGUGGUCGAUAGUGGAAUAUAUUUUCAAUCUGGAUACAGUUAAUGGAAAAGUCGAGUUGUGCUCUUAGAUAAGACAUUGGGUUGUCAGUGAGUGUGUAGUGCCGUGAGAGAUGCUGCAGAGUCUGAACACGCUGGCCGGCAAGAUCUCGCCCAACACCCCUACGGGGGCUAGCGGACAGACGGACAACAACGCGAAUAAGUUACAUCACGUAAACAACAACACCCACCCCUACAGCAAGGCCAACCCCAACAACACUGACAAGCCGGUUUUACGCCACGCGGUUAAGGGAAGUAUGAACAUCAGCAAUGAUCAGCCAGACCCGGACUUCAUCAAGAUGUUUGUGGGACAGAUCCCGCACACGAUGGAUGAGAACGAUCUCACCAAGAUGUUCUCGGAGUUCGGGAGAGUCCACCAGAUCAACGUUCUCAGGGACAAGAUAACAGGCAGAAGUAAAGGCUGUUGUUUUGUCACCUUCUUCACGAGAAAAGCCGCCCUUGAUGCUCAAAAUGCCCUCCAUAACAUCAAAACGCUACCAGGGAUGCACCACCCGAUCCAGAUGAAGCCUGCUGACAGCGAAAACAGAAAUGAGCGGAAGUUGUUCGUUGGCAUGUUGUCCAAGAGAUGCACGGAAGUGGACGUGAGAGGGAUGUUCGAGCAGUUCGGACACAUAGAGGAGUGUACGGUGCUCAGAGACAACAAUGGUCAGAGUAAAGGUUGUGCCUUUGUCACUUACAUGACAAGACAGUGCGCUCUCAACGCCAUAAAGGUCAUCCACCAUUCUUUCACUAUGGAGGGGUGCUCAUCACCGGUGGUGGUCAAAUUUGCUGAUACUCCUAAGGAAAAGGACCAGCGGAGAAUGCAGCAGUUACAGUCGGACCUCAUCAAUGCCUUAUCACAACCCUCCUACUACACCGCCAUGGGCCAACAGCUGGGGACUGACUCGCAGUCGUACAUUGCAGCAUCCCAGCAGCUCCAACUGCUCCAGCAACUACAAAACAGUGGGCAGACCAAUCUUGGCACUCAGUUGCUGCUGCACAACUCCCCAGCCCUUACAAACUUGUCAGCUCUAAACAACUCCACUGCCAGUUUAGGAGACUUCAACCAAGCAAACCUUGGAGGUUUGGCGUCUUUAGCGAAUUUCUCCACAGUGCCCAUGAGUAUGCAGAACCUAGUCACACUGGCAGCCAUCACGGCAGGAAACACUGUCUCACCCACUGGGUCGAGUACAUCUAGUCUCAGUAGUCCAGCUCAUUCGAGUUUAACAGGCUCAGCCACUGCUGCAGCUGCCUUGCUGGGGAAGGCUGCAUCGCCUGCCACUGGCACCACCACCUUAAAUGCCUUGAAUUCUCCGCUGAACGGGAUCACCUCAACGGCUCUGAGUGUCCCGGACGCUUACACGCACUUCACCAACAACUACGAGCAGAUGGCACUGAGUUAUGCGGGCAAUGGUACACCAGCGAAGUACCACCACCAAAAGCAGGCGGAGGGCCCAGAAGGCGCCAACUUGUUCAUCUAUCAUCUCCCGGCUGAGUUUACCGACAGAAAACUCGCCCAGACCUUUUGCCCUUAUGGUAACGUCAUAUCGGCCAAAGUAUACAUCGACAAAGAGACUAAUAUGUCUAAAUGUUUUGGUUUUGUGUCGUACGACAAUAUCCUGAGUGCCCAGGUCGCCAUCCAGAACCUUAACGGCUAUCACGUUAGUGGGAAGAAACUCAAGGUCGAGAUCAAACGAAAGAAAGGCUACUCAGUAACAAAGCCAUAUUAACUAUUCGUUCCUACAAAACAAAAGAGUUCAUUUAAAAUAAUUUAGUAUUUCAUUGUUGUAGUUCUUUAUUCUUUAUUUCAUGGUUUAUUUCUCUAGACAUUUAAUUUUGUUGAAAAAGUUAUUUUUGGGUUGUUAACCAAAUUAUUUUCCUUAUGUUCUUCUUUAUUAGUUGUUUUCAUUUGAGUUAUACCAAAUAGAUGAAGAAUUAAGUCUGAUGAAUGGUCAUUAAUUUAUUGCUAGUUACGAUUGUUUUAGUUGUUUUAUUUAGUUACCAGCAUUGAGAGUGCGGUAUUUGGUGCCACGCACUGAUUAGUGUUUUUAUCGCCCUCCACUGUACAAAUGACCAAUCCAUAUGACGUUGACUGAUCGUUUUUUAAUGGACCAAUUAGAGCUGUUUCAGUGGAUUGGAUAGUAAAUUGUUGUUGUUGAAAUUUUUCGGAAUAAACAGUGAUUCAUCGUUAAAAACAUGUGACUGUUUUUUAAGUUGUGUGUUUGGAGAAAUUUGUUAGUUUCCUUUUUUAGCGACCCCAGUGAAGUGAACUAGCGACGACGUUAUCGGUUGUAGAUCGUUAUCUGGGACUAGUAUUUUUGAAUCACCUUUGGCCUUCAAGAACAGUAUUGAAUCCACCAUCCAUAUCAACAUAGUCAAAUUAAAUACUGUAUGGCUUGGAUUUGUACAUUAUAGACACGGAUGCGAUAAUUUAAUGUAAUGCUUAGUUCUUUAUGUAGUCAAUUCAAAUGUGUUUUAAAAGGUUUGGAUUUUUCUGACAAUUCAUGAACAAGUAUUUUAUUGAUGAACUUGCAUGUCUUUAAUGUCGAGUAAGUAUACAAGGAUGUUUUUGUUUAUUUAAAUUAUGUUUUGUUUUAACUGUGUGAUUUAUGUUUUAUUUGUGUUUUAAUAAUGUACCAGUGAUGUGUUUUGUUGUAUUAUCUUUUAAUUUUUGUCAGAAAAAUCUGGACUUUUUGUAGAAGUUCUAGUUAAAAAUAAUUUAAACGGGGACUGCAUGCCAUUAUAUUGGUUUGAAAAAUCUACUGUGCCAUUAAUUUAUUUCUAUGUAUGGCAAUGUAUUAGUUAUAUAAUAUACCCUUUUCAAUAUUGUAUUCCAGUAACUUUUUUUGCUGCAAUUGUGAACAUCACCCUUUAAAGGAAUUGAAAGUUAAGGUUAUGUUAGCAUUGAAAGGAAGCCUUAUUAAGUAAGACUAUGUGUUAUUUUAUUACUUUUAUUUACUAAUAUCGCUAAGUGUUAAUAUUAUUGUAGCUGUUGCACAAAAAAGCUCAUGACACAAGGUGUUCUUAUGCUGAACGUGUUUUGCUACCAGUGUUUAUUUGUUGUGAAUUAUAUUUUUGUCUUUUAGUUCAAGUGUUUUGAAAUCUAUUUUGUCAACUGAAUUUCAGAUGUUCUUUCAAGGAGUUAUUGUUUUAUUUUGUGUGUUUUAUUGAUUUAUAUACUAUUAAUCCAUUUCUAAUUAUCCAUGACUAUCAAAUCAAUCAUCAGAAAUGUUAAAGACAUUAAUUAGGAAUUACUAUUGUUUAUUAGAAAUAUAACUCUGACAAGUUAUUGGUAUUUAUUAGAAAUGUUUGUUGGUUUUUAUCUAAACUUUCUAUCACACAAAAUGAUGUGUUUUUAUAUUUUUUAGCUACACGUUCAUCAUACUUGUGUAAAAUUAUACAACUUAUGAGCUAGCUAUCAAAAUCUAUUGUUUUAUAUGUUACUAUACUAUUACAAUAAUUAAUUGUAAUAUAUUAUUUGUUUGUUAUUAAUCUUUAUUGUGGGCGACAAUAUUCAACCCUGUGACUACCAAAGAUUAUGUUGAAGCUUGAGACACGAUGCUGUAACUAUGGAUAAAUUUGUAACGUUAGCCUUAACUUUUUGUUGAGCUUGUAAAGUACAUGUUCCUAUAUAACCUUUUGUUUCCAAAAACAAUUUGUUCACAAAAAAAAUGUUUAAGCAAAUUCUGUAUGUAAAUACUUUAAUUGUUCUAAAACUGCUAAUUUUGGUACAAGGCAACGUGUCGUUGUGAAAUAAAUCUAAAACAAAAGGUUAUGAACGAUCUCAUCUGCACACGAUUGUGUUGUCUUGUGUUUACACGAGUAUACUUGACGUGAAUGUUCUGUUGUCUUCUGUGUCUCCGUGUAUGUAACUCAAGUUGUCCAUAGUUGCAGUGAGAGCGUAAUCGUAAUGUAACGUAAACAACAAGUCCUCUAGUUACCAGGAGUCUCACGAGUUGUUAAGCCUUGCAGUACAAUCACACUGUGCGCUAGCCGCUUAGCUUGGUUCCAUGUCUGUACCGUGCGAUUUGCUACUUGUGUGUUUCCGUUUGUUGUACUGUAGGUGCUCACUUCGUUUGUACUUAUUUUAUUUUUACUUGUGUCAAAGUACUUAGGAGUCAUUAUGUUGUAAUAUGUUUAAAGAUAAAAUACUAUUGGAUAAAAAGAACUUUAUGACUUUUUCAAUACAGUGUAAAGUCUUAGAUUGAAUAAAAUACCUAUUUUGGAAAGAAAAUCAGAAAUAA